GCCGGGGUCCUUGUAGCACCAGUUAGCCGUUUGGCUAGUAGCCGUGUGGGACUGGGUGUCCUGUGGUGUAUUUUGUCUCAAUUGAAGAACUGUUUUCCUGAUGGAAUAAAUUCAGGACCACCAUGUAUUUGUCUGGUAGUGCACCUUAAAGAUGGGCUCGGCUACAGCAUGGGAAUAUCAGAACAGCCACUUCAUACUACUUCCUGUACAGAGCAGUUGACCAAAUAUUUCAUAUCACAUCCUGUACAUCUGUCGGAGUAUGCCUUCUGCAUCUGUACUGGUGCCAUGUUUCACUUUUUGGAUACUGACAUACCAUCUAUUCGGAAGUGGUGGUGUCUCCAGAUUCUGGAGAAAUUGUCGAUUGCAAGGCAUGGGCAGAACUUCGGGCAGCGCUUUGCCUUCUGGACAGAGGAGGCAGAACAGCUGAUGGCAGGCACCCUACCACCUAUUUAUAGGAUUUCUCGACCCCAAAUAGUCAAGGAGGAACAGGUAGAAGUGGAGGAGCUGCCCCUCACAUUGAAACAUAUGUACCAGGCAGGAUACAUUGUGAGGAACAGUCUUGGGCUUUUCACUGGCCAGGUGCAAGAACCAUCAUACAUGUUGAUGGAUCAUGAUGACCAAAUGAAUGCGUGGAGGGUGCUGAAGGAGUCAAUGGAGUGCUAUGCCAUGGAGCCUUUCACUUUCGUUUUUGAAAACAUCCAGGACAUGGAAACUUUCAUGAUUAUUUGUAAAGACACCCUCAACUUGAGAGUAAAUGCUGGAGUUGGGGUGCACAGUCACCCAUAUACAUUUUGUUAGUGUGACUGUGCACCCCACACUCUGCGUGUGUUUGUGUGUGCAUGUGU